AUGACUUCCUCGAGAAAACCUCUUACUGAAGAAGAACUAGGACGAUAUGCAGAAGAUAUAAUGAGUGAAAGUAGUGAUGACUGUAUUCAGGAUCCAAAUUUUAAAUUAACGGAUAGCGACAAUGAAAGUGAAUUUUCGGAUAAUUCUGAAUCUGAGCCAAAUGUAGAGAACAGAGAAACUGAACUUACAUUUGAAACAGAAAAUGAUGGCUGA